AUGCCUCCCUCCACUCCCCAGCCCGAGAAAGAUGACUCUCAUCAGAUACUCCUUGAUCAAAUGGACAUCUACUACACCCCGAAGCCCUUCCGCAACCCCAACUGGAAACCAGGCACACGAAGGAACAAAAACACCAAGCAGAUCAUUUCCGAGGCCUCGCGGAAAGAAGCUUCAGUGCUCGCGACGCAAAACAACUCGGGCGCAUCUACACCCCUACCCAUGACCGAUGCCAACUCUGACGGCACCGUGACUCCUGCCUACACCACCACAGCCUCCAGACCAGUCAACAUGGCGCAGGCAACCCAAAGCCUCAGCACUCUCGUCCUCGAGCGUAAUCUGCAAAGAGCGGCGAACGGGCCCGGCGCGAGUCUGGGAGCUGGCUUGACCCUACCACCCGGCGUGGGCAUGGGUGGCCCGGCGGUGACAUACACCAACAUUGAGAGUGCCCCGAGCCUGCAGGCGGCCAGUCAUCCGCACUACUGCGAUGUCACAGGGUUGCCGGCGAGAUACACCGAUCCAAAAACAAAGCUGAGGUAUCACGACAAGGAGAUCUUCGCAGUCGUCAGAAGCUUGCCGCAGGGUGCGCCCGACCAGUAUCUCGCUGCUAGAGGUGCCAAUGUCAUAUUGAAAUGA